AGUGACGGCGCUCGCGCCGCGGGAUUCAAACUCCCGGAAGCAGCGCCGGGUAGGGCCGCUCGGCGGGAGCCCUCGGGCCCGCGCGGCAUGAGCCCCCUUGGGGCUGCCUCCCCUCUCAGCAGCCCUCGGAGAGGGCCGCCGCGCGGAGCCGCCCCGGGCCCGGCCGCCGCUUCAGCGGGCGCUGCCGCCCGCCCAAGGGGCUGCCGUCGUCCUCCGCCGCCCGCGGGGAACCGCGGCAGCGCUCAGCGGUCAGGAGGAGGCGCUGACCGGCGCAGGGAUGCUUAAAGAUGACUUCGAAGGCCACCAAAGAUAUAAUUAUUGGCAAAUGGGGUUUGAAGUCUGGCAGCUCCAGACCUGAGAAUGAGCUUGAAAAGUGUAAGAAGGAGAACGCAGCCCUGAGAAAAUCAAUGGAGGAAAUCGUUAAAGGAAAAAGCAAAAUGACAGAUCCAGAAAGAAACAGACUCUUAGAGAAAAUACUUUCACUUGAAACAGCAAAAGAAAAAAACAGCCACCUUCUUGGAGAGAAGGACAAAGAAAUCAAAAACCUAAAAGACAAGUUUAAGUCCAAAAACAAAAGCAGUGAAGUAUCCUCAUUACUUAGUCAACUAGAGGAAAAAACAAAGGAAGCAGAAAGGAGAGAACAGUUACUUAAUUCUUUGUCAGAAGAAAUGGACCGGUUAAAAUGCAACUUAGCUACUGUUACUGCGAGAUGUUCGGAGCUUGAAAACAGAGCCAGUACUUUUCAGGCAUCCCAGGAAGCUGUAAUGGACAGCACUGGAUCACCAACAAAUCUUAAUGAAGUUGAAAAACAACUGAAAGAUGCUCUUGAGAAAAACCAGCAGUGGCUACUGUAUGACCAGCAACGUGAAGCAUAUGUCAGGGGACUGCUGGGAAGGAUCUUUGAAUUUGAACAGAAGUCAGAAGUAGUUAACCAACAGCAUGCAACAGAAUCCAGUGCAGAAGGUCCUCUACAAGAAGAAAAGCAAAAAUAUUAUGACCAGCUGUUAUUAACUGCUAAAAGUGAUCUUGAGACUGAAAGACGUACUAUAACCCAGCUGAAAUCUGAACUUAAUGAAUUAAAAAAGAAGUAUGAAGAAACACAACAAGAAAUAAUGAGUUUAAAUGCCUUACUGCAGUCGCAACAGGUUGUUGAAAUGAAGACUCUAGAAAAUGAAAAUAAAAUCAAAGGCGAUAAACUGCAGAGACUGAAACAAGAAAAUGAAAUUAUUAAAGGACAGCUCAGAGAAGAAAAGAAAAAGUCUGACGAUCUUUUAUCUCAGGUACAGCUUCUUCGUAAAUCAUUGCUGAAGCAGCAGGAGGAACACACUAGGAUAGCUUUGUUGGAACAACAGAUCCAGAUAUGUACAACAGACUUUGAGAACGAAAAGCUUGAUCGCCAGAACUUGCAGCAUCAGUUGAACAAAGUCCUUAAGGAGCUACGCAAGGCCAGGGAGCAAAUAACCCGUCUGGAACCUUUGAAACUCCAGGAUUCUGGACAUAUGGAACCACAGGAAGGUUUGCAAGCAGCAUUUGAAGAGAAGAUGACAAUAUAUGACAGAAGUCCUUCCCUGAAGCGUUCAAAUCUGCUUGAUGAAAGUUUUCUUGAGUGUCCCAGAUGUAAAAUGCAGUAUCCAACAAGCCAGCACAGAGAAUUACUAGCACAUAUUGACUUCUGUACAGCCUGAGCUCCAAAUGGACUUACCAUAUUUGCUUUUUAAACACUGCCAAUAUACUGUUUUACAAAGGGGAAAGGUCCUUUUUAAGCUUUUUUCACGGUUUCAUAAAGGACUACUUGUUUUAUAAUUCACUUUUACAAAAACAUUAUAAUAACUUAUUUGGCCUCAAAUAUUUUACCUGGCAUUUCUGUGAAAAAUGUCUACUGCAUUUUUGGUUGCAAAUGGAAGUAUUUUUAGAAUUAGGAAUAUCUUCAAAUAGUAAACUACUGACUUUUUUUUUUCUUUCUUUUUUUUUCUUUUUUUUCUUUUUUUUUUUUUUUGCACUAUUAAAAAGGAGACCAGUAAAAAAAAAUACAUUGUGUCAGGUUUUAUUUCACUGCUUGGCAUGUCCAGCUCUACUUAGUCAACUUAGUCUGAGAAUUGUGCUUGUACCUUAAUUGACAAUAAUAGCUACAGAAGGGUUUUGGCCCUGGUAGAAUUGGUCUCUUCAUAUACUGUCUCCAACAGGCUAGGCUAUUUAUAUGCAUCUCCACACAGUAUCACUAUAUACAUAUCUCUCCACAUAGUGUCACUAUACACAUGUAUAUGUACAUAUAUUCAUAAUUUAUAUAUGUAACAUAUACAUGUAUAAUGUAUUACCAUCCUGACCCAUUAAAGCUAGGGUAGUAGUGAAAAUGUCUCUGCUACUUGCAAUUGGUGUCUUCAACAUUGAUUUUAAGUCACUUGUUCUCCUGAACGACAGUCAGGAGUGACUUACAGCAGGUAUGAAAAUGCUUAUCAAUAUGUAAGCACUGGAAAAAACAGCUUCUUAGCAAAUAUGUGCCUCAAGAAAAAAAGUUUACAUUUCAGACACCAUCAAGGACCAUUUUGGAAGUUUGAGUAUGUGCUUAUGCUGAAGUAAACUCUUAUUGCACUUCUGUAUUUUACUAGUUAAAGUUGGGAAAUCUAUGUUACACUCUUCAGGUGUCCCAGUUGAAAAACACAGGUUUUAAUAAAUUGCUCUGGUGAA